AUGGCAGGUUCUUCCAAGAAAGACGACGAUACCAACUCGGUUCGCAGCGAUAACGAUGAAAAGGUCAAAGCCAAAAAGAAGCAACAAGCUUCUGCUUCGGAAACCAUGAGCUUUGUCUUUCAAUCAGGCACUCAAACUACCAUUCUACUCUUUGUCGGGAUCGUUGGAGCCAUGGGAAAUGGCGUCGUCUAUCCCAUUUUGGCCUACCUUUUCUCCAACUCCUUCUCUGAUAUUUCAUCUGCGGCCAAUAAUGGUUUGGCUCAAGUCCGUGAACUCGCCUAUACCUUUUUGAUUGUGGGUGUCUAUGCCCUCGUCAUGGCGACGAUCCAAACUGGUUGCUUCGAAACCGUCGCCUACCGUGCGACACACAAUAUGAAACUCCAAUGGUUCUCGGCUCUGUUGAGACAGGAUCCUGCCUUUUUUGACGUCCACGAUGUGGGGGGCAUUGCUUCCAAUGUCUCGCCCGCUGCCAAUCGGUACCGCCGUGGGGUGGGCCGCAAGUUUGGGGAAGGUAUUCAAUUCUUUACCACUGGUGUGGGAGGCGUUGGCUAUGCCAUGUACGCCAGUUGGAAGGUUGCAUGUGUGGUCUUGGGGUUGACACCUGUCAUCUCUUUCAUGGGAUACAUGGUCAUGGUGUUGAAUCAGAACAAGACCAAAGAAUCGACAAAAGCCUACAGCAACGCUGGAAGUGUGGCGUAUUCUACGGUCUCGGGGAUCAAGACUGUCCUGUCUCUCAAUGCCAUGCAAACCAUGAUCAAGAAGUAUAAGGAUGCCACUCAAGAAGCCAUGCAAAUUGCUACCGGUACUUUGUGGAAGAUGGGCUUUUUCAAUGGCGGCAUGCUUGGAUCCUUUAUUCUCCUGUACUGUGUCCUAUGCAUCUUUGGCUCCUACCUCCUCUACAAUGAUAUUCAAGAUAAUGGUUGCGAUCCAAGUGCUGGAAAUCCCGCUGUCGACACUUGCAGCAAUUCCGGUCCGGAUGUCUUUGGGGCCAUGUUGGGUGUCGCCUUUGCGGCACAAGGAAUUACACAAGUUGGAUCCUUUGUGGAAUGCUUUGCUGCGGCACGGGUCGCUGCCUUUGAAGCCUUGACCGCCAUCAAUCGCAAGCCAGGCGCUCCCGAAGAAACCAUCUAUCACGAAGAAAAGAAAAAGUCCAUUGAUGAUUCGACCAAAAGUGCCACUACUGGAAAGGGUUCGGAGCAACCAGUUGGUGAAACAGCUCCCGAGCAACGCAUCAAGGCGGUACUUCCCCAGUAUUUGAUUGAUGCUACUUCGGAAGAAGGGAAAAAGCCCGAAAACGUGGAUGGACGAUUGACCUUUGACAAGGUCCGCUUCCAUUAUCCUACUCGUCCAGGACAACAAAUCUUGAAUGACUUUUCUAUUGAUAUUGCAGCUGGAAAGACUAUUGCUUUUGUUGGUCCAAGUGGCGGAGGAAAGAGUACUGUGGUGAAAAUGUUGGAACGAUUCUAUGAUCCCACCGGUGGAAGCGUCUCUCUGGAUGGUGUCAAUCUCAAGGACAUCAAUGUCAAGCAUUUGCGAAGUAUGAUUGGAUAUGUUGGACAGGAGCCAACUUUGUUUGCCACCACUAUUGAAAAGAAUAUUCGUUAUGGAAAUCCAUCCGCCAGCCUAGAAGAAAUUCAAGAAGCUGCCCGUUUGGCCAAUGCUCACGAUUUCAUCUCGUCCUUCAACGAAGGUUACCAGACGCAAGUUGGAGACAAGGGAACCCAAUUGUCGGGUGGGCAAAAGCAGCGCAUUGCCAUUGCUCGCGUGCUGGUUGCCAAGCCCAAGAUUUUGCUACUGGAUGAAGCCACAAGUGCACUUGAUAGCGAAUCCGAACUUGUUGUUCAGGAAGCUUUGGAUAAUGUCUUAGCAGCACAAAAGCGAACGACUGUGAUCAUUGCUCACCGGCUUUCCACUAUUCGCAAUGCCGAUAUUAUUGCGGUAGUAAUGGGCGGAGAGAUUGUUGAAACAGGAACCCAUGAUGAACUCAUGGUUGCGGAUACUGGUUAUUACCGCAGCUUGGUCGAAAAGCAGAGCAAGGCUUCCGCUUCUCGACUCGACAGUGGAGUUUCUUCUUCUUUUGGAAGUGACAAGGAUCUUGCGGGACUGGAUAAUACUGAAACGGUAGGAAAAGGUGCUGUUCUGGAGUUCAAGGAUGUAUCAUUUUCCUACCCCACGCGCCCGAACAAGCAAGUCUUGGGUGGAUUCAACUUGACGGUGAACAAGGGAGAAACUGUUGCAUUGGUGGGACCAAGUGGUGGAGGUAAAUCGACAACUGUAGCCUUAUUGGAACGUUUCUAUGACCCAACGGCAGGAAGCUUGGAAUAUCUUGGCGAAGAUAUCAAGAAUCUCAAUGUCCAUUGGUACAGAGACCAAAUCGGAUACGUUGGCCAGGAACCAACUUUGUUCAACGAAACAAUCGCGAAUAAUAUCAAGUACGGUGCUCCCGAUGCAUCGCUUGAUGAUGUUAUCGAAGCUGCCAAGGCUGCCAACGCAUACGAUUACAUCAUGGCUUUCCCAGAAGGUUUUGACACUCCAGUUGGAGAACGAGGAACCCAGCUUUCUGGUGGACAAAAGCAACGGAUUGCGAUUGCUCGCGCCUUGGUGAAGAAGCCCGAAGUUCUACUUCUUGACGAAGCUACCUCAGCUCUUGACAACGAAUCUGAAGCAAUUGUCCAAAAAGCAUUGGACAAUCUCAUGACUCUUAAGAACCAAACCUGUAUUGUGAUUGCUCACCGGUUGACCACCAUUCGCAACGCUGAUCGCAUUGCUUUGAUUGAUUCUGGCAAGGUGAAGGAAUGUGGAACGCACGAUGAGCUCAUGAGCAAGCAAAAAGGCAGAUACAAGCGCCUCAUAGACUCUCAAACCCGAGAUGCCUCUUCUGCUGCUCUUGGCAUCAAAAAGACGGAAAAGGAUAGCGAGAAAGAAGCGGAAGAUGAUCAACCUGACUGGGAGAAGGAGGUUGAAGAGGAGGAGAAGGGUGCUUUCAAUGUGUCCAGAGCGAGAAAGCUCGCUGCUCCAGAUGUUGGUUACAUUUUGAUUGGCUCCAUUGGAAUGAUCGCGGCCGGUUGCGUAUUCCCAAUGUGGGGUUUGCUAUUCGCCGAGACGAUUGAUCUCUUGUUUCGACCCACCUUCACCUGCGAAGACGGUAACGCCCAGAUUCUUGCUGACUUGGGAGGUUAUCCAAACUGCCAAGCGUAUUGGGACGACCUUGCAGAUAGUCUUCGUGAAGAUUCUUAUGUUGUUUCGAUCUACUGGGCGCUUGUGGCUGCUGCAAGUAUCUUUGGAAACAUGGCUGCAUUCUACGGUUUCGGCUGGGCAAGUGAAAGAAUGAACAAGCGAGUUCGUGACUCUGCCUUUACUUCACUGGUUCGUCAAGAGGUGGCUUAUUUCGACAAACGCAGCGUGGGCAAGGUUACUGCUCAACUUCAAGAGGAUGCCGCACGGCUUCAUACAUUCACGGGAGAACCAGUUCGUGUCUUUUUGAUUGCAGCUUCAUCGAUUCUUGUUGGUCUUGCGCUUUCGUUUUACUUCAUGUGGCAAUUUGCACUACUCGCUGUUUUCUGCAUUCCUUUCAUGGCCUUUGCUACGUCUAUGGAGAUGAAGCAAAUGAUGGGAGAGGACACUAACGAUGGUGAUGCAAACGAGGGAAAGGAUUCUCCGGGUGGAAUUGUUGUGGAAACCCUCCUCAACAUUACCACUGUAUCUGCCCUCACCAUGGAAACGGAACGAUUUGCGGACUACGAAAAUGCUUUGGAGGCUGCCGAGCCACAUGCCCUUCGUGACGGUAUCAUGCAGGGUGCCUUGAGUGGUCUGUCCAUGCUCAUUCAACAGUUUAUCAAUGCCUUGCAGCUUUGGUUUGGCGCAUGGGUCUUAUUCAACAACCCGGAUACCUACGAAUUCCGGGACUUUUUGGUGUCCAACUUUGCUCUCAUGUUUUCGCUCUUUGGACUCGGAGCUGCCUUCCAAGAUGUUUCGGACCGAAAGGAAGCUGAGAAGAGUGCAGGUCGUAUCUUUUAUUUGAUUGAUCGCAAGAGUUCCAUUGACCCUCUCAGCGAGGAAGGGAAGAAGUUGGAAUAG